AUGUCCACUCAAAAUUCCACCCCGAUUUUGCGCUAUCCAAGAGCCAUGCACUUGCAUGUGGAACUACAACCUACCCGAGAUGGUCUCAUUUUUCCACCAUAUUUGGAGAUUGAGUAUGCGGAAAGAAACGAUACAAAGGAUCUUAUCCUUAACCAGAAGCUGAUGGUGUCAUAUGAGAUAGAGCCAUCUCGUCAUAAUAGGGAACUCGAGAUCACCAUGGCCGUGCUUUGCCCACUGUCUGUGUUAUGGGCAGCUAUGAAAGCUUACAGUUGGGGAAGGCGAAGUGGUAAGGUGUCGCUGCUGGAUGGUUCUACUAUCCUACAGUUCUUACUGUACGAAUGCUCCGCUUUGGCCGACGUUUUCUUUAUCGUUAUCACAGCUAUGUCGUGUUGGAUCACAUUUGCGUACAAGCAGCAAAAAUAUCCCUUCUACACUACUCUGAAUGAAGAUCAGGAACAGGUCCUUAUGCGUUAUUUGAUCGCUACUCUCAUCCUGAAAUUUAUAGCACUCAUACAUACAAUUCUGCAGAUUGUCUUGCAAGAAACAUUCUUUAUCGACUGGGAAAGGCCGCACAUUGUUGAGGAUAGUCGCAAUAUUCACCCAACUUCUAAUGAUGUAUCGAAAGAUCGCACAGAGCUUCCUGUGGUAGUGUGGUUCGCUGUGGUAGUUUUGUUCUAUCUUCUCGUUGGCUUUCUGCAGUGGGUUUUCCAGCUGGUGGUGGUCGAGCGCAUGAUACAAGAUCCAUUUCAUAAUUUCAUCGACUUGUGUUCGAUUGCAAAUAUAAGCGUUCUUGCUCUCACACAUCCUUUGCAUGGUUACUACAUUCAUGGUCGAUCGGUACACGGUCGAGCUGACACUGGUAUGGCUGAAAUGAAUGAGUUUCUUCAGAAAGAACGUGAUGAUCUGUGUGGUUUCCGCGGACUUGAACCAACUUCUCACCUGCAAACAUUUACAGUUUGUCUACCUACAGCAUUUCGUACUCGCUACGAUGAAAUCAUGACCAGUCAAAGAAAUGCAACCACUCAGACAAGGCUUACCGGUCUGGAUCAGACGACAGCUAAGAUGACAGCCACUGUCAAAGCCCAUCAAGAGAUGAAUGCUUUCCUACGUGAAAUGAUUGACCACUCGACAACCGAUGUCGACUAUGUAAUAAGGGAUCGCACAUUUGCUGAAGCUACUAUGGAUGCCGAGCUCACAGAAACUACACAAACAGGAAACUUCUUGAGGUUUGUUUAUCAUGCUUAACA